AUGGCAUCUAUUGAUCCUACAAUCACCUCUGCAAUCGCCAAAACUUCCACGUCAAAGCAAGCGUGGGACAUACAACAGAACUUGUAUGAUAACAAAUCAUAUACAAGGAUUUUUAGUCUUUGUAACUUUCUGGCUACCAUCACAAAAAACUCUCGCAGUAUGACAGAGUACUUACGCGAGAUCAGGAAUGUUGCUGAUGAACUUGCAACGGCUGGAACUCCUAUUCCAGAUGAUGAACUUGCGGUAAAAAAUCUCAGCGGUCUAGGACCUGAGUAUGAUUCAAUUUCAGCGGUUAUCCAAACGCGAGAUAUACCUAUCUCGUAUGAGGAACUAUACAACAAGUUUCUCAAUAGAGAGAUUCUCCUCAAACACAAUGAGUCUAAUCAGGCCUCAAUUACAGCUGCAGUGGCACAAAAAUCAUUACCAAAUAACUUUACACCCCGCAAUAAUAAGAGAGGACAACCAUGGCGUCCACAACAUCCCAAUUAG